AUGUCGAACCGAAGCCUGGGAUACAAAGAUCGUUCGACCCUCAAUGAUCACGAUAUCGAGACUAAGAUCUCUCCUAACACUAACGGACUUCUCCUCCGGGCCAUUCUCGCCGCCGAGGACUGGGGCAGGGCCGCCGAGCUGAUAUACAACGUCUGGGGUGCAAUGCUGAAAGACCCCGAGACAAGGAGCGGCGCAAGUUGGGAGUAUCUUCCGGCUAUCGGUCAGCCAGGCCUGGGUGCUUUCACAAGCCUGGGUCACCCAUGGGGAGGCGCCGCAAACUACAUCCUCACUGAAUGGGCCGUUGGUUUGCGAAGUGCUGAUGGUGUUCAGGGCUUCGGGUACAAGAACUGGUGGUGAACCCUGAGCUUGGAGCUCACAUGGGUCUUUCUCAUGCGAGAGCAAAGGUUCCUCUAUAUCCAUCAGGACAAAUCGAAGUUAAGCGAUCCAUCAAUUCAAGAAAAAUGACCUUUCAGAUAAAGGCACCCACUGAAACAAAGGGUGUUUUCUGGAUUAGCAAGACGAAGAAAACGUUGGGAAACGAUUCAAGCUAUCAAUUCACUAUUCAAUUAUAGGCAUUUGAAUGUGGCAUUGAUAGGGAUAUUAGCCUCUAAAGAUCUUAAGUCUUCUAGGUAUUCUAAUAUUUAUCUAUUCUAGG